AUGUCUAGAUGGCACGAACGCGGCUGCUCCCGGCCUGAUGUUGUGGUCUGCGGCGGCCUUCCAUGCUGUCGAUUUUGCUACGGAGUAGCAUCGAUUGACGAUGUCCAGUUUGACACUUCUCUCAGAUCGACACAAGCUCCUGUCCGUGAAAAUAACUCCAAGUACAACCUUCGGUGGCCUUCUUGCGUUAACUACACCGACUCUGGACCAGAAAUCCCGUCGGACACCUUUGCUAGCUCGAGCUCAAGCUCUACCUUUCCUCUCGGAGGAGGGUCAACCCCUCUAAGAACAAAUUCUCCCUCGAAGAGAUCAGACCCGCCUUCGAAAGAGUUCCCGACGGCAGAAGAGUCACGGACGAAGCGAAGAAAACUCUUGAUCGCUGACGAGUUGUAUCGCCCCUCAAGAUGCUACCCGAUGCUGUGGGGCAGCCGGGAAAUACGAAUGUUGGAACUCGACUCAGGAGACAACGGUAGCAUUCUGCAUGGAAAUUUUCAUAAUGUGCUGUUGGAAUCCAAGAGGGCAAGAUAUGAGGCCCUGUCAUACACUUGGGCCGAUUCUUCUGGAGACUCUGUCAGGCGCAGACCAAUGUUCAUUGGACCAUACUGGGAUAUCAUCCCCAUUACUCGGAACUGCGAAAAUGCUCUCCGUAGCGUUCGACUGUUUGGCGGUAGCUCUCGGACUAUUUGGAUCGAUUCUCUAUGUAUCAAUCAGGACGACAAGGAAGAGCGAAAUGCUCAAGUCGCUCUCAUGCCACAGAUAUACGCCACGGCCAUUGGGGUUUUGGCAUACCUUGGCUCAGCUACUGAUGACAGCGACAGAGCCCUCACGGCUAUAUUCAACUCACUGUCUCAUCGCAACUGUGGUCACAACGGGGAAGAGAGAAAAGCUUGUGCAGAAUGUGAAGGACCUAUCCAGAUGCUUCUUAGUCGACCGUACUUCCGGAGGCUGUGGGUUGUUCAGGAAGUUGUUCUGAGCAGAAAGCUGACGCUUUACUGUGGCUCAAGGUCAACUCCUUGGCCUUUCUCGGGAAUGUUGACCCCUUUCCUUCAUCACUCCUGGAUGAUCACGCGGGACAAAGCUACAAUCUGUCCUCUACAAAAUCUUCUCGGCCUCAUGAUAGACACUAGCGACUGUUUAUGCAAGGAUCCCCGGGACAAAGUAUUCGCUCUGCUAGGCUUAGCCUCGCGAUGGAAUAUGUGGCCAAUCUACCCCGACUACAAGCUUACCGUAGAAGAGGUCAGCAUUGGUAUUGCGGCAUAUUUGACGCAGAAAUGUGGCCUCGGCUUGGCCGUUCUUCUCUUUGCAGGUGCAAACCGAGCUAGGCGGAGCACUCUGCCCUCCUGGAUUCCAGACAUACAGGUACCGUUUCGUAAACGGGGCAGUGGUGGAAACCUUUACGAGCGGCUCGUAAAAUCCGGAAGAAUUGAGGGGAGUGAGAGGUCCAGGCUCGAUAACGCCGUAUUGAACAUGGGAACUCUCUUCUUGCAACUGCCCUCUCCCUUCGAUAUCCAUAUCAUGUCGCGAAGCGGAUACUUAGAGGUCACGGCAAUCAGGAUUUGUAAUCUUCGAAGCUUUUUCACCGAGGACGGUCGAUAUCGGCAUUCAUUUGUUCGACCUGGAUUCAAAAACGGUCCGGAAAUGAAAGUUACACUAAUUCUCCCAAAUCCAUCACGCAUAUACCGAGAGACCAAUGCAGCUGACGUCUCCCACCUCAUACAACAAAAUGACAAUAUUGUCUGGCUUCACGGCAUCCACGGGUAUGCAGUGCUACGGUCAACCUGUGCCUCUUCAGCUUACCGUCUCCUGUGUGCCUGUGAUCUACAAUUUGAAGACCUCGACACAGGUGAAGUAGCAAAAAACAUGAGCUGCAAGCCUUUCAGCCUAAGCGAGCAGGCACAACUGGAAGAACAUAAAAGGUAUCUCAUUGAAGGUUGCCGUUCCAUUAUUGGAGAAGACUGUGUGCAGCGGAUGUUGGAGUUGCCAGCAGAGCCUCUCUUGUUGAAGCUCGUCACAUAUAUCGCCCGCCAUAAGAGCGAUUCAAAAAUGCGCCUUUGGAAGAUAUGGAAGCAACUCGAAGCCAAAUUGAAACCAUACCUUGAGGAUGAACGGGGGAUUCAGCUACUGUUUCGUAGCAUAACUGGGGCAGAGCAUAUCACGCUUGGAACUUGGCAAGACGGUAGGCCUCGACAGGCCUUCGUUUACAAAAGUUGUAUGCUGAGGUCCUCAGAGUCCCUCUUAACCCUCCUAUGGUCGUUGUUACCUAAGACGAGGCACCGCGCCAAUAAAGCUGUCGAUGCGGAGGAAGUCUCACUUUCGGAUGAAGAGCUACUGAAGGGCUUUCAAGAGUGGGCGGACAUAACUAGCGACCUCUUAUUUGCCAUGGCCCAUGCUACUGAAUACGAGGACGAGCAUUGUUUUGGAAUUCGGUCAUCUGUGGAGAUGCAACAACUCUGGCUGAACGCAUGGGAUAGGUUCGAAAACAAGAUGCUACCUCAACGUAGCAAUAUCAUUGGGACCAUGGAGGCCAUUACUUGUACCUUGAAAUUAUUUCCGCACAUGGAGCAGGAACAUGAACAGUCACGCCCUUCCAUUUACAUAGAUGAAAGGCUGAAAUCUCAAACAAAGGAGAUAGCGUGGUCACACUCUACGAGAGACUGUUUGUGGAACUGGGAAGUAGUAGGACGCAAUUUCAAGAAAAAGUGGGAGAUCUUGCAGCACUUGGGCCAACACCAGUGGUUAGCUUCAUGGCGAGAUGGGCCAACUGAUAAGCUCGAUGGACUGGAGCAGCAAAUGUCGAUUCGCUAUCGACUGAAUUCUUUUGGAUUCAACCUGACUUUGCCUUCGAAAAUUACGAUCCAGUAA